AAAAGCGCCGCGGGCCGGCAGGCGAGGGACAGACGGCGCGGGCAGGCGGUGACCCGGAGGAUCGAGGCUCCCGGACGACGAAGAAACACCCAACAUGGCAUCGGAGAGCGGGAAGCUAUGGGGUGGCCGGUUUGUGGGAGCAGUGGACCCCAUCAUGGAGAAGUUCAACUCGUCCAUCACCUACGACCGGCAGCUGUGGGAAGUGGAUGUGCAGGGCAGCAAGGCCUAUAGCCGAGGCCUGGAGAAGGCAGGACUCCUCACCAAGGCCGAGAUGGACCAGAUACACCGCGGCCUGGACAAGGUGGCUGAGGAAUGGGCCCAGGGCACCUUCAAACUAAACCCCAAUGAUGAGGACAUUCACACGGCCAAUGAGCGGCGGCUAAAGGAGCUCAUUGGGGAAACUGCAGGGAAACUGCACACGGGACGAAGUCGGAACGACCAGGUGGUCACAGAUCUCAGGCUGUGGAUGCGGCAGAACUGCUCGGCACUCUCUGGCCUCCUCCGGGAGCUCAUCAGAACCAUGGUGGACCGGGCAGAGGCGGAACGUGACAUCCUCUUCCCAGGGUACACACACCUACAGAGGGCUCAGCCUAUCCGCUGGAGCCACUGGAUCCUGAGCCAUGCUGUGGCACUGACCAGAGACUCUGAGAGGCUGCUGGAGGUGCAGAAGCGGAUCAAUGUCCUGCCCCUGGGGAGUGGGGCCAUUGCAGGCAAUCCUCUGGGUGUGGACCGGGAGCUGCUCCGAACAGAGCUGAAAUUUGGGGCCAUCACUGUCAACAGCAUGGAUGCCACUAGUGAGCGAGACUUUGUGGCUGAGUUCCUGUUCUGGGCCUCGCUGUGUAUGACCCACCUCAGCAGGAUGGCUGAGGAUCUCAUCCUCUACGGCACCAAGGAGUUCAGCUUUGUGCAGCUCUCCGAUGCCUACAGCACUGGAAGCAGCCUGAUGCCCCAAAAGAAAAACCCAGACAGCCUGGAGCUGAUCCGGAGCAAGGCGGGGCGAGUGUUCGGACGGUGUGCUGGGCUCCUGAUGACCCUCAAGGGACUUCCAAGCACCUACAACAAGGACUUACAGGAGGACAAGGAAGCCGUGUUUGAAGUGUCAGACACCAUGAGUGCCGUCCUCCAGGUGGCCACUGGCGUCAUCUCCACAUUACAGAUUCAUCGUGAGAACAUGGUGCGGGCUCUUAGUCCCGACAUGCUGGCCACUGACCUUGCCUACUACCUGGUCCGCAAAGGGAUGCCCUUCCGCCAGGCCCACGAGGCCUCUGGGAAAGCAGUGUUCAUGGCUGAGACCAAGGGGGUCGCCCUUAACCAGCUGUCGCUGAAGGAGCUACAGACCAUCAGCCACCUGUUCUCGAGCGACGUGAGCCAAGUGUGGGACUACGGGCACAGCGUGGAGCAGUAUGCUGCCCUGGGAGGCACCGCGCGCUCCAGUGUCGACUGGCAGAUCGGCCAGGUGCGAGCACUGCUUCGGGCUCAGCAGGCCUAGGUCCCCCCGCCCCGCUCCCAAAUAAAGCGGCCGAGAGAAGGCUGCCGCACGUCUCCCGCCUAGCCUGACUCCCUCAGCCGUGGGCUUUCUGGGGUCUGCUGACAGGCAGUGGAGGUCAUCAAGGAAGUGGAGAAACUGGACAAGGAUGGCGAGUCAUGGGUGGGGGACUGCAUGUUGUCAGAGCCUCUGCCCUGCUCACACCCCACUGCCUUCCACUGCGGGCAUCACAGUGACCUCCUGCCUUGUGUGUCUUGGCAGGACUAGCCUCCCUGGAGCCCUGGUAGGACCCGAUGGGCUUGGCUAACCCAGUCGGCCAGUCCGUCUGUCCUUUUUCCAGUGUCCCCCAGGCUCAUUCUCCCCUGGCUUAACCCACCCUUCCCUGGACCAGUGUCAGUGCCCCCUGAGGGGAAAGGGAUAUUUGUGUGGUGCCUGGCACUAGGCUCACCCCACACACGGUUAAGGAGACGCCUCCUCCAGUGGGGCAAAGACAAUCUAACCAGCCAACGAUGUUGGGGAAAUUGGACAGAUACAUGCAAAAAAAAAAAAAAAAA